GACGAAACCAAAUCAUGCUGUUGUCAUAUAAAAUUAUCAUAUUAAGAUAUUGUGAAACGUGAACAUUUAAAAAUCGGAAAAAAAGAUAUACUUUGACCUGGCAAUAUCCAAGGAUUAACAAAUUAUGUCAAGCCAGAGAGAUGGGUGGCCAGAAAAUGUUGGAAUUGUUGCUAUAGAGGUUUAUUUCCCCGCCCAGUAUGUGGAUCAGAAAGAAUUGGAAACAUUUGAUGGUGCUUCAACAGGAAAGUAUACCAUUGGGCUUGGACAGGAAAAAAUGGGGUUCUGCUCUGACAAUGAAGAUGUAAAUUCCUUAUGUUUGACUGUUGUACAACGUUUAAUGGAAAGAAAUGGGGUCUCGUAUUCAGAUAUAGGUAGACUGGAAGUAGGUACUGAGACAAUAUUAGAUAAAUCAAAGAGUGUUAAAACAGUACUAAUGCAGUUGUUUGAAAGUUGUGGCAAUACAAAUAUAGAAGGAAUAGAUACAACUAAUGCAUGUUAUGGUGGUACAUCGGCUCUCUUUAAUGCUGUGAACUGGAUCGAGUCUAGCUACUGGGAUGGCCGGAAAGCACUGGUUGUGGCCGGGGAUAUAGCUGUGUAUGCUUCAGGCAAUGCUAGAUGUACAGGUGGUGCAGGGGCUAUAGCCAUGCUUAUAGGAGACGAUGCUCCUUUAGUUUUUGAAAGAGGUUGCCGUGCAACGCAUAUGCAGCAUGUGUACGACUUUUACAAGCCUAACAUGGAUUCGGAGUAUCCAGUGGUAGAUGGGAAGUUGUCUAUACAGUGUUAUUUACAUGCAUUAGAUAAAUGUUAUGAUAUUAUCUCUCACAAAUUAGAGUCAGCUGAAAUUAAAACUGGUUCAAGUCUGUUAGAUUGUGCUGAUGCCUUUGUCUUUCAUUCACCGUUUUGUAAACUUGUCCAAAAGUCUGUAGCUAGAAUUAUGUUCAAUGAUUUUCUUCAAGACCCUCAUCCAGAACAAAGACAAAUCUUUACUGGUUUAGAUGCAUUUAGAGAAUUUAAAUUAGAAGACACAUAUUUCAACAAACAGGUAGAAACUGCCUUUAUGACUGCUAGUAGAACAGAAUUUAUCAAAAAGACAGAGCCAUCACUAUUACUUGCCAAGCAGAUAGGAAAUAUGUACACUCCUUCAGUAUAUGGAGGUCUUGUUUCUUUCUUAAUCAGUCGACCAGUGGAAGAUCUAGCAGAUUGUAGAAUUAUUUUAUUUUCAUAUGGGUCUGGUUUAGCUUCAUCUAUGUAUUCACUGCGGGUCACUAAAGACUUUUCACCUCAGUCAGAUCUUCACAAAUUGGUUAAUAAUCUUAGUGAUGUCAAAAUGAGGCUGGACAGAAGAAAAAAAGUUGCACCAGAAAUAUUUGAUAAUUUGAUGAAACUAAGGGAGACAACUCAUCAUAAAGCACCGUACAAGCCAGAAAGUAGUAUAGCCCAUUUAUUCCCAGGAACAUACUAUCUUUUUGAUGUAGAUGACAAACAUCGUAGAAAAUAUAAAAGAAAACCAUUGACAGAACCAGUAGAUGUAGCUGACCAACUUUCACAGAAUUUACAUUUGGGCAGUUCCUGAUAUUGUGGCAACAUUAACGAAGACACAACCUUUUAUUUGUGAUAAAAAAGACAAAAGUGGAUUUUUCUAUUGAUUUCUUGACUGUAUUUUGGUUGACUGAUUUUUGUGACAACAUGAGUUAACCCUGAACCUACUAGAUUUGUAUAAUGAAUUUGCCCAGCUUUGAAUUUGGAACAGCCAAUUCAAAGUUUUAGGGAUUUUUAUUUCAAAUAGAAAAAUUAAGUGGUAUAGAGCUGUAGAGUUGGGUCAGACUGCUGAUCUUGGUUCCAGCAGAUUAAGGCUAAUAAUGAUGAACUGUCAAGAGUGUUUUCAUUAUAUGAAGAAUCAGUGAGUUGUUCUUAUCUUUUUUUUGCUGCCCAAAGGCAUACAAAGCUAUAUCAUUUGAAUAUACUCUUAUUAGUCUUUACUUUGAAACAGUUGUUAUAUAGUGUUAGGAAGCUGGGAAUGUCAAAAAUAUAAAUAUUAGGUAACAAUAUAGUGUAUGAACUAUGAGUUCAUUAACAGUGUCAUUAAUAUGUGAUUGAUGUUCAUAGUUUACAUUCCAAAAAAAAUGAAAAAGAAAGUGUUUUAUACAACAUAAGAAAUAUAAACAAUUGCUGGUGCUAAACUCUGGAUCUUAUAAUAAAAGCUUUCUAAAUGAGCUUUUUACAAUAGAAAUUGAGAGGACAUUAAUAAAAAAGAUUUGUAUGAGAAAGUAAAUAGUGAUGUUGGAAAAGUGAAGAUGAAAAAUCUAAAUUUGAAUCAAGCAAAAUGUUGCAAAUAAAAGGACAAGAGGCUGCUCUCUUGCAACAGAAAAUAAGGAUUAAAAGAAAUAUCAUGAUAAAAAGGUAUAAGUAAUAUUGGUUAUUUUGCUAUGUAGCAUAAGAAUGUAUUAGCAUGGUACGAAAUGGUUAAUGAAGUAUUGCUGGGUACAAAUCAUAUCAUCAUGAUGAUACAAUCCUGAUAAAAUACAAUAAAUCAUUAUCUUAAACAGGACAAUAAAAAUAUUACCAUGUUAAAGAAAUAGCUUUAAAUGUAAAAUUGUUAUACCUCUUUAAUCUUUACCAUACUAAAUAUUUUAAAUUUGCCUGUUCAUCUUUCAAUUUAGAUACAAACAUUCAUUAUUUUUAGGGUAAUAUUGAUAAUAAAUAAAUAAGUAGUGACUGAAUGCCAAACAGUGCAGACCAUGAUCAGAUGGCACAGAUAUGCCAGCUUAUUUUGGUCUGCACUGGUCACAUGUGUACAUUCAGUUGCACAUGUCGGUUUAAGGGUUAAAAGAGGAAGUGCAUUUAUAUUUGUUUGUCUUAUUAUUGUAGCUUAGAUUUCAACUACUGCUAUGUUGUAGCUUUAUUGACUAUCAGGUACUUUCUGUGUUCAAUUGUUAAUGAUAUUUUACAAACUGAAAUUCUUACCAAGUUUGUUUUACAAAAAUAAUACCUAUAUUCCAAUGUAAUACCAAGUCUCCAGUGGCAUUUUGUUGAACAGUUUAUUAGGGUAAUAGAUUAGUGUUUUUAUGAAUAUACAAUGCAAUAAUUGAAGGGCAUUGUUGUAUGUAUGUUUAUAAUAGUUUAUCUAUCACUGCCAUUGUAAACCAUAUGGAUCUUGACAUAUGAAGAAGCUAUCGGGUUCUAAUGAUUAAUAGACACAUAAGUUGUUGCAUUGAUUCUAUUUCUUUCAAUGUCAAGGAUUGAAUACUGCUUUAACCUGUGCUGGUUGGCAUGAAAUUAUAACAGGUAUAUUAUUUCUGCUAAAUGACUGAAUUUUUUUACAACAAAGUUGAAAAGAUAUCAGAUUUGUGCCAUAAAUGUUAACAUUUCUAUAUUCAUUUUGUAUUUCUAUAUUAGUUAUUAAUAUUUAUCUUUGUUGAAUAAUGGUUGUUAAACAUUGGAUGAAAUAUUUUAACAUGAUGAAUAACAAGUAAAUACUGUAAGAAACAUUUAUAUAUACUAUGUUUUGUAUGUAGCAUAACCAGGACAUUGCUAAAUUUAUGUAUUUAACUUGCUUUGUUUUGAAUUUGGAAUAGUCUGUUUUUUUACAGUCUGUGAUUUUACAUGACAAAAGCUAAAAUAGAUAUACCAGUUAGUAGUGUCAGACUGCACAAUAAAAUGGACAUAGGCAAGCAUUUGCUGUUACAAUUCAAAUAGUUUAUUUAUUACAUUUUUCAUCCUAUUUAACACUUUUGCCUAUGGCAUUUGCAAAGUUAAUUUCAAUAUAUUGACCAGAUUACAUCUUUAAUUAUUAAUUAUAUAAUGCACAGAAAAUAACUUGUUAAAUGCGUAGCUGUAGGACAGGGUGUUAUGUAAAAGUAUAUGAAAAUCAAACCGUGUGAUGAUUUUUGUAGAAUUUCUGUAUUGAAAUAUACAGUGUAGUUUUAUUUUUAGUCCCCUACCGGUUUACCGGAGGGGACUUUAGGUUUACCCUCCGUCCGUCUGUCCGUCUGUCCGUCCGUCUGUCCAUCUGUCCGUCCGUCUGUCUGUCCGUCCGUCAGUCCGUCCGUCCACAAAACUGGAUCCCGCGAUAACUUGAAAAGUACUGAAAAUAUUUUUAUGAAACUUGGUAUAUGGAUAGAUGGCAGUAUGGAGAUUAUGCACGUCUUUUUAUUUUCUUCCUAUGUUGAAAAUUCUGGUUGCUAUGGCAACAAAUAGGCUGAAAAUAUGGCAAAUUUUACACAUAAACUGGAUCCAGUGAUAACGCAAAAAGUACUGGAAAUGUUUUUUAUGAAACUUGACAUAUGGGUAGAUGGCAGUCUUGAGAUUAUGCCACGUCUUUUUCUUUUCUUCCUAUGUUGAAAAUUCUGGUUGCUAUGGCAACAAAUAGGCUGAAAAUGUGGCAAAUUUUACACAUAAACUGGAUCCAGUGAUAACGCAAAAAGUACUGGAAAUAUUUUUAUGAAACUUGACAUAUGGGUAGAUGACAGUCUUGAGAUUAUGUACGUCUUUUUCUUUUCUUCCUAUGUUGAAAAUUCUGGUUGCUAUGGCAACAAAUAGGCUGAAAAUAUGGCAAAUUUUACACAUAAACUGGAUCCAGUGAUAACGCAAAAAGUAAUGGAAAUAUUUUUAUGAAACUUGACAUAUGGGUAGAUAGCAGUCUUGAGAUUAUGCAUGUCUUAUCUGUUCUUCCUAUUUUGAAAAAAUAUCUGUUGCCUUGGCAACAAAUAGGCUUCAAACAUGGCAAAUAUAACAAUAUUUGUGAUUAGUCAAAAAGAGCUGAAAUUUUUUAUGAAAUUGCAUCUUUAAUUCAAGAGUUAUCUCCUCUUUAAGAAUUUUGCUUUUAAAAUGUUAUAUUUUGGUAACAGGGAUGUUUCAAAUAUUAACUUUAGAGUGUCCUUCAGUCCGUCUGUCUGUCUGUUCAUAAAAACUGUUUCCUGUGAUCACUUUUAAAGAACUUUUCCAACAAAUUUACUUAAAAUAGAGAAAAAUUGAAACAUUAGUGAAUGGCCAGUGGCCCUUCAGAAUGUUGAUUGGUUUCUAACCGGUAGGGGACUUAUGGAUUGCUUGCAAUACUAUGAUAAUUGCUUGUUUGCUAUGAAUAUGUAAUAGGUUCUACUGGUAUUUUUAUUACAAAAUAGAUGUUUCAAUUACUGAGAUUAAUAUACAUUGUAUAUCUGUCAAGAAUUGUCUAUGUGUAGAUUACAUUUUAGAAGUUGUCAUGACAUUUCCAUACUGUGGCUAUGAUUUAAUGGUAGGUAUUUUAGCCCACCUUUUUGCUAAACUGUACACGUUUGUGAUAGCGUUAUAUCAUCCGUUAUUAUCUAUUAAACAGCUUAUCCUGCAAAACCCCCAGAUAAAUCUUGUCCAAACUUAAGACAAAUGAUCUUUAAAAUGGUGUCUUUAGACAGUUAAAUGCAAGUAGGUCAGAGAACUAAGAUACAGAUUUUAUAACAUAAAACCUUUCAAUUUUUUUCCAGUUAGAAACAGAGCCUAUGUGUAGCAUUAACUUGUAUAAUGACUAGCUCACUUUAAAACAAUUUCCUGUACUUGAUUCAUAGAUAUUUAUAUGAAGUUGCAACUUCUUGUACAAGACCAUUUAUUUAGAUUAUGAAUGCACUUGCCAUGCUUCAAAGUCUUGUUGUGUCAUUUGUCAGUUAAAGGCUUUUAAAUAUUGAUGAGUCAACUGUAUACUGUUUGAUCAAUUUUCACAUACAUACAGGAUAACUUGUAACUGACUUAGAAACACAAGCUAAUAUUGACACAGAAAUAUAGGCUAGCCUGGCCAUACACAAGUGUCACAGCUUGGACAUUGUUGUUGCUAAUAUUGAAAGGGUUAAUCUUAAACAUUUGUUGUGUAAUGACUUUUGCAUUUUCACUAGUUAAGCUUUUAUUCACUCAGUAUUUUUAUUUAUUUUGUUGAAAUAUGUUGACUGUUAUAUAUGUAUGUCAUUUUGGAAAUGGGGCAUUUCAGAGUAAUGUUUGUAGAGACAUUCUCAAAUAAUGUGUUCAUGACUACUUUAUCAUAUAGGGAAGUUUGUAGAAAGAUAAAGCCAUAUGUUUACAUUAUUACUAUAUUUCAAUCAGUACUUAAAAUUUUUUUUAGACUUUUAGAUGAAUGCAAAUAACUUUUUACUAUCUUAAUGAAUUAUGUUAGAGAAUGUAGGCAUUGCAUUUUACAAAGCCAUUCUUAGCCUAUACUUUUGUAUAAGUUAUAUACAUGUAUAUAUGCAUGUGUAAUUUUAUAAAAAAAUAACACAAUUUUAGUCAAUAAAUUGUGUGUUCUGAUGGAAAUAGUAUUAAGAUUUAUUGAAACCAAAAGUAAAACCUCCUUAAUGUAAGUUAAUGAUUAGCAUACUUUUGUUAAAUUUUUAAAAUUGUAUGCUUAGUUGUUCAGAUUGGCGUAUAUAAAGUGACCCUGAGCUUGUGACACAUAUAUGUUGCUUUUCACUUCAUAGUAAAAUAUAGGACCAUUAAAUGUGUUAUUCAGGGAUAAAGUAAUGAGUGUCAAGGAUUUUGUUAUCAAGAUGUUAUAUUGUCAGAGGGUAGAUUAGAUAGAGUAAUCAGUACAUUACUACGAUAUAUUGUCCUUGUAGCAUCUCACCUACUAAGAUUACCCUUUACUUCAGUGAGUUAACAUCAUAUAUAUCAUAUGCACUUUGAAAUAUUAUGAAAUAUUUGCCCUUAGACACAAUAUAUAAUGGAAGAACUUUUUUUAUAUGUGUUUUUCAGUAUCAUUCUUUAUGUUAAGUGUUUGAUUCUUACAUAUACAAUUUACAUAUAUUGCUUAAAUAAAUUUUAUGAAUCUAA